AUUAAAAUCAUUGUUGAUGGUAUGAAACGGUAAGGGUGCUCAUGCUUUAUAUUUCUUCACAUUAUGUGCAAUUCUUUCCGCUCUACUGAUUCCUGACCGUGACAAACAUUGUCCCUUUUGUUAAUGUCGUGAUGCAGCGAGACUUUGCCAAAAGGAAAGAUCAUAUGGAACCUGGGAGACAGAGGAGAUUCCGCCAAACUUUUUGUACAGGGAGCUGUCUAUGCCUUCGUGGAGGACGAGGAUGAAGAUGACGAUUUCCGGUUCCAAUCAAAAAUGACGCUCGGGUCCUUCUUGGGAUUGCGCAGCCUGAUUCUGGAUGAAUGCCACUUGGCAACGGCACGCUGCGAUGACGAAUGCACAUUUUACAGUCUUGACAGAGCUGCAUACAAACGGCUCUUUCAGGAAUCUCCAGAGGCUGCCAGCCUACUGGAAGUAUCUUUGGCUCGAUACUUGUCUCAUAAGCUCCGGCACGUAUCGAAUCGUAUUUACCAAGCACGUAGUUUACCAGUAUAAGUGCUGCUGCUUCGAAUAAUACAAUUUGUGAUUUAUAGUUACUAUUUCACCUUCCUGAAAGUGACUACGUCUGGUUCGUCUAAACUAAUCGCACGGUGUGCAGAAACACCACAUAACCAGAAGAGUUUAGAAUGUUUAGUGAAAAUUUAGUUAGAUAACAAUAGUUAGAGUAAUACGGUAGUAUUCGUAGUAGUUAUUACUAUGAAAUGAGUUUCUAGUACUAAUUGCACACAAUCCUACAUAGGCCCAACAACACAACAACGACACAUCUUUGGGAAAAUUAAAAUGAGGACACAAUGACACAUAUUGGGGAACAGAGGAAGUACGUAAUGAACGGUAGCAUGAAUGUUCCAGCAUGACUCGGUCAUGAAAAAAAUGUGAUCGAAGUAUGACUACAACUCUUCCGUCCGGUACCAGGUACUUGGUACGAUCCGCACUGUACGGAAUUUGUUACAUAGUGCUUGGUUAGCAUCACCGUGAUCAUUCGAAACAAACAUUUCGUUCUCCUCCGGACAACAACUUCAACAUCAAAGAUGACUGAAUCUUUACUAAGAAUAAUCCACAUUAUAUGGACGUGGCUGGUUUCGUUAUGGCAAGGGCUUUUCGGUUCCGUCCUAACGAUGGAAGAUUCCGGAAUCAGCGUGAGAAUGGGAUCGAAAAUUGCCGAGGGAGGAUUCUCGGUUAUAUUUCACGCCUCAGAUACGGCGAGCGAUGCGAGUCCGAGCCAGAAAUAUGUUUUAAAGCGGAUCUGCUGCCACGACGGUGAAUCGCGCAGCGCUUGCAUAAAAGAAAGCAAGGUGCAUUAUGCUAUUAUGAGAGAGCAGAAAAACAACCAGCAGCAUUCGUCCAAGAUAAUCGCAGCGGGCGGAGGAGGAAUGGGAGGGAUGGCCGGUUCUACUACCGAAACCAUUCGCUCUUCGCUAUCCAGUCAUAUUAUGCCACUAUUAGGCAUGACCUUUAGCGAAAAUAACACGAUUUGUUACAUGCUGUUUCCAUUCUUGCCUGAUUCCCUGAGGCGAGAAGUUGAUCGACGGAUCUUUGAACCUAUGGAAGAGGCAAUUGGCAACGGGAAAAACAAAAACGGAAGCGCCAUGACACAGUCCCAAAAGAACCAGAAAACCAAAGAUACAUUACGAAUGCCACCGUGGUCCGAAACAGCUGUUCUCCGUUGGUUCGAACAACUCUGCGACGCGGUAAUUCUAAUGCACGAUGCCGGAUACACCCAUCGAGACAUCAAGCUGGACAACGUCUUGCUUCAGUCAGCGGCAWCACAACAAACGAAUAAAAGAGGCAACAACGACUCACGAUCGGRAGUARUCUUGAUGGAUUACGGAAGCGCGGGUCCUCUUAYGCGAUCGUUGGCAUCGAGGCGAGACGUCUUGGAAAUUUCCGACGAGGCUUCGCAGCACACAACGAUUUCRUAUCGACCGCCCGAAUUAUUUGCGGGAGAACUGCGUGUGGCAGACACWAGCACCAACGCAGCCAUCUCAAAAGAUAUCGAUGGGGACGACGUCUUCGAUCCAGAGUCGGUCCUGGAUUACCGCAAAGUCGAUUCGUGGAUGCUCGGGUGCACUUUGUUUGCGAUUUUCUUUGGCGCAUCUCCCGGAGAAUCCGAGUUUUCUCGAUCCACCGGACAACUCUUGAUUGUAGACCCCUCUCACAACAAGAUGCUGGGUCAAAUGCCCCCAUGGCCAGACGAAGAAACUCCUUCUUCGCGAUGGUACUCGAGCGACACAAAAGAAUUGUUGGAUUGGAUAUUGACUAAGGAUCGGGGGGAUCGGCCCACGGUGAAGCAGAUUCGCAGGAGGGUCCGGGAAAUCUUGUCGCAAAAACCUGCUUUGUUUGCUGGAGAUGGAAGUGGA